AUGAAGAAGGAAUGGAUAAUGUCCGAUGAGGCUCGACUCGAGAAAAAACAGCGUGUUGAAGAGAAUCGGGAGCGUCGAAUGGCUGAUGCCAUUGCGCGAGCCGAAGCUGCUGAAGAUGAUGACGUACAGAACGACAUAGAUGUUCAAGAAAGGGUUCAUCAACAUGCUCUUCUAAAUCCAGAAUCAUAUCCUGAUCAGGUGAAAACUGACAUGAGACCUGAAGAAACUCCCUCGAACAUCAAACCUCCCGAUGAGCUCAGUUCGAAUGUUACCCAAGAGCACAGUUCUGUUCCGAUUGUGGUGUCACCUUUGCUAGAGGCAGGUUCAACGGCAGGUUUACUUGUAAUGCCUUCAAAUAAUCCUGUUGAUCCAUCAUUCAUGGCCCAAGCCCAACUUGCCGCGGCUGCUGCUGCUCAAGUUCAGGUACAGGCAGCGAUCAAGCAACAUCAGGUAGGUUGGAAGCUUUUUUUUUUGAAACGGUUAACGUGA